AUGGGGCUUCUAUUCACACUCCUUUUCCUCUCCCCUCUCUUCCUGCUCUCCCCAGCCUCCGCCGCCGAGCUCAACACCACCCACCGCGCCCUCAUCGGCGCCGCCAAUUGCAACAUUUUCCGCAGUAAAUGGGUGUACGACGCCUCCUACCCGCUCUACGACUUCUCAUCCUGCCCCGUCAUCGACGACCAGUUAAAUUGCCUCAAAUACCGCCGUCCAGAUCAGAAUUACCUCAAAUACCGGUGGAAGCCUUUCUCCUGCAACCUAGCUAGGUGUGAUCCUACUGUCAAGAGAAACUAUCAUUUGUAUGGUGAUAUUGUUUCUUUUGAUAAGACAUACUCAACAAAUAGGUAUUGUAUGAUAUUUGCUCCUUUUACGGGCAAGGAUAAUCAUGGUCGCCCUGUGACAUUUGCUGUUGGCCUUUUGUCCAAGGAAAAUGUCAACUCAUUUUCAUGGUUAUUUAACCAAUUUGUAAAGUGUAUGGUUGUGGCUCCCAAACUCAUCGUAACCGACCAAGACUUGAGAAUGAAAGUUGCUAUUGAGGAGGUUCUUGUCAAUACGAGACACCGGUGGUGUAUGUGGCACGUUAUGAAUAAAGUUGCUGACAAAUUGCCAAAGAACAUGCUUGGUAGUGAAGAACUAAAGAAGGAACUGAAUGCAUGUGUUUGGUCGGAGUUGAUAGAACCUGAUGCAUUUGAAUAA